AUGGAGACUGCUGGACAAAAGCGGAGCAGCACAGAAGAGGCCAGGGAAGUGGAAUCCCAGAACUCGAGUCAACCAAGCACAUCUUCCACAAAGACUCUGGCCACAGGAAAAAAACAAAAGAAGUCAGUGAAAGACAAAGCUUGUAAACCAAAGGAGGAAGCAAAAGACACUAAGACUCCGGCUCCCACUCCGAGGAAGGUACCAGUUCCUCCUUUUCCUGAACACCUGCCCCCAGUGAACCAGAUUCACCGAGAUGUUUUGCGGGCGUGGUGCCAGGAGUUGAAGCUGAGCAGCAAAGGCCAGAAAUUACAGGUUUAUAAACGACUCCUUGCAAGGGCUUUCCCGAAGCAAAUGCCCGAAUUGAAGAAUGUUCCUGACUCUGCAAAAGAGGCCAGAAUGAAGAGAUCUGGGGUGAGGAUGAAGAUGGAGGAGGUGGGAGAGCCGUAUUCUCAGGAGACAGUUCCCUUUGAAGUGGUCCCUGUACCAGGACCAGACGAACAGGUACCUGCCCUGACUGAUCCGCCCGUUCUCUAUGAGGAAGUCAGCACCACUGUUGUGACUUCGACUGCCUCUGAGGCAGCGCUGGCAUCUUGGGCCAGAAUUGCAGCCAAUGCUAAGCGGGUCGAGGCCGCGCAGUCCAGCGAAACACCAGAGACCUAUGGGGAAAUGUGGUGUGUGGUUCACGGGAGAAGUUUUUCUUCGGACACACGUGGUUGGGCUCGGCUGCAGUUCCAUGCCGGACAAGCGUGGGUACCUGAUAAGAAAGGAAAAGUCAUUGCUCUCUUCCUGCUUCCGGCCUGCACUUUUCCACCCCCACAUCUGGAGGACAACAUGCUGUGCCCCAAGUGUGUCCAUAGGAACAAGGUCUUAACUAAGAGCCUUCAAGGAUAA